UGUGGCGAUCACUCCACGAGCUUUACUUAGUUCGCGUAGAUUUGGUGACUGUAAUUUACAUUCUACUGUAUCACUUUUUCUAGCAACCAUGACAGCAGUGAACCCAUCUCCCAUGCGUGGAGUAACCAUUCACGGAACUGUAGCAGCUGGUCCGCAUAGCAUGAAUAGUACAAUUUACCUGACUGAAGACCAGUUAACUGUGAAAGUUCUCAGUAAAAUAUUUUGUAUGGACCCGUCAACCAUAGUAUUAAGACCGCAAAAUGACGCAAACAAAGUUGUCUACCCUCAAACUGAUGGCAUAAUGCCAAUUGAACAAUUGGUAAUAGAUCCUAAAUUGGAAUGGGUUUGCACGGGAGAGCCAGACAGAAAGAAUUUUGGUUUCAACGGAUACACUACUGUGAAGACGGUCGCUGUCGGAUUAUUGAACUCCUCCUUGUUUGCUGUACACCUGGCCAUAUGCAUUGCAUUGGGGUCGAAUCUAUACAGUCUCCAAGUUAAUUGCCCCGCGGACUCUCCAGUCCCCACGUUUGGUAUCGCCACUUUAUCCGUCUCUGUGACAUGCAUGUUAUUGCAGUUAGUUAUUUUUUGCUUGUGCUUUGUGAUUGGGAUGCACAAUAUCGAUGAGGCACAGGGUCAGAACAGUCUCACUUUUGUGGCAUUAAGGUGCUGUGCCCCAUUGCGAACGACUUUAGCGCGCUGGAAUAAGAUUAUCACAUUAUUAUGUUGCAUUGUGUUUCUUGGGAAUAUUAUCUUUCUUGUAUGCUACAUCAAUGUCGACAGCUGUGAAACUAAUACCCAAUGACCUUAAUGUCAGGAAUUCCCUCUUUCAUUGUACAUUUGUCAUCCAACAUGACUUGUUUUAUCGAUCUUCAUAAGUUUAAAUUAAUCCUAAGCUUCAGGUAAUCCUAAUCCUUAUAGUUGGUCACAAACCCUAA